AUGUCGCAACCUCCCGGACUGCCUCGCCUUUCGCCUCAGUUUUGCUUUUCGACCGGCACGCUGCGUGAUUUCUUGCGCCUGUCUCGAUCAUCAAUAGACGACUCGAUUACACAGAAUCUCAAUGCCCUGGUAACGCCAUCUCGGGCGGGUUUCGACCCCGGAUCGACGUCAACACGGACCCCGAAGUCGUUUGCCGAGCAAAUUAAUCCCGAAGCAUGCCAGUCGUUCAAGGAAAAAGUGCUGUUUCCCUCAUGGAAGGCAAGGGCCGAGGUCCUCCGGUAUUGCGGCAUCGUCGCCACCAGCCCAGAUCCAGAUGACCCGGAGGCUGCAAUUCUUGAAUUGGAAAAGCAACGCGAUCGCGAACGGAUUGUCGACGAAAGGCUGGAUCCCUACUCAGGGCGUUUCUUCCCUCGAGAGGCUCGGACUCAGUCCCUUGCUCUCUUGAUGCGACAGGAACGAGCCGUGGAAAACAUCGUGCGCAGCAGGACUUGGGAUGUCAUUCAGGGGAGGUGCGGUGCUCCUGGCCAGAGCUGGGAUGAUGCUAUGAGUAAAUGGGAGGCGGCACAGAAGCCUGGCCAGGGCGAAGAUAAGCGAUGA